GUAUCAGAGCGGUUCUGCUCAGCAGCGGCCCACCUGAGCCCACCUGACCGAGCUGCGGUUCUGGUACCGAUCAGGUUCCGGAACCAGACGGACCGGGUCCCUGAACAGGCGGCCGAAGACUCCUGAUCGGUGGUUCGGUUCGGCGGCUGCUACACGAGAACAUCUGUUCCGAACCACCWCUGAUCGUCCUGAUCCAUGUUUAGUUCUAGUUCUGUUGGACUGACACUGCAGAUCCAAGUGAUCCGGACUCUCAUGGACCGGUGCCAGUAAUUUCGUGUCAAAGUGAUGAAUUCAACAGAACCCGGGACCAGCUGACUGAACCGAACUGCGUCAAAAAAAAAAGUCCCGGAAUAAAAAGAGCCUGGGAAUUCUGCAGCUCCGGAACCGGAUGUCUCGGACUUCGAGGGGGUUCGGAGGAUAAUUCGGCUGCAGGUUGACCCGUCCAGAACCAUCAUGGGAACUCAAGGACCGGGUCGCAAAAGGAUCCCGAACCGGGAGAAGCUGACGGCGGAUGAAGAUGCUCUGAGCCAGAUCGCCAGGGAGGCGGAGGCCAGGUUGGCGGCAAAGCGAGCAGCGAGAGCCGAGGCCCGGGAGAUCCGGAUGAAGGAACUGGAGAGACAACAGAGGGAGCUGUUCCAUAGCCAUAAGAAGUAUUAUGGUCUGGAUUAUAAGUGGGGUCACAUCGAGCAGUGGAUGGAGGACAGUGAGCGAUACUCAGGUCUCUCUCUGAGACACACCUCGAUCUCAGACGAUGAGGAGAGACUGUCUGUAGGCAGUCGAGGCAGCCUCAGGCCCUCAGACUACGGUGGCCUGCUGGGCUCCAGCUCUCGUGCCUCCUCCAGGGCCAGUUCAGCUCGAGCAAGCCCAGUGGUGGAGGAGAGACCGGACCGAGACUUCAUCAAUAAGGGAUCCAGAACAGCGUCCACACUUUCAGCCGCCACACUCGCCUCUCUGGGCGGAGCCUCGUCACGCAGAGGAAGCUGUGACACGUCUGUCUCCCUGGAAACUGAGGCGUCUAUCAGAGAAAUGAAGGACUCCCUGGUGGAGGCGGAGGAGAAGUACCGCAGAGCGAUGGUUUCCAACGCUCAGCUUCACAACGAGAAGACCGCUUUGAUGUUCCAGGUGGACACUCUGAGGGAGGAGCUCAGCGACAUGGAGGAGCUGCUGUGGGAGGCCCGACGGCACUACGAGCACUCCGACAAGGAGUUGGAACGUGAGCGUCAGGCUCACAGAGUCCUGCAGGUMCAGUUCACAGAGAUGAAGGAAACUUUGAGAAGAACCGAGGAGCUGCUGACGGAAGUGUCUGAUCUACGUCUGAAGAGCAGCAGUUUCCAUCAGGAGGUCUCUGACCUGCAGGAAGCUCUGCAGUGGAAGGAGAAAAAGAUCUCGGCGUUGGAGCGCCACAGAGAAAUCUCUGACAUCGUUCAGAUUGAACGUGACCAGCUCAGAGUGGAGGUGGUCCGACUGCAGGAUYUACUGAAGAAACAUGGUGUGGUCAUCUCACCUGAAGUCACCACCAACGGUGACUCAGAAGUGAGCGAGGAAUUUGUCAGCUCAGAAUCUGCCUCUCAAUUGGUUGAGGAGUCCCCUCAGAGUGACAGAGAGGGGAAGAUAGGUUCGCUCAGCCCUGGACCGGAUCAGCGAGCUGGAGGUCAGUAACCGCCACCUGUCCAAACGUCUGGAGAAGAUGAAGGCUAACCGGAAUGCCUUGCUGGCCCAGCAGUGACCUGAAAGUCCUGCGAGGUCAGGGUGUAGACCUUCAGACAAAARCUAGGACCUCCGUCUUUGACUUGAAGGAUCUGCUGAGGAGCUCUGKUCAGGACUUCAGUCAGUUUUUUGACUUGUACUUAUGUAUUGAAUGUAAAAAUGUGAUUUUAUUCUGACCUGAGAGUCAGCAGGAUGCUUAUGGUUCAAGUUUAGAAAUCUUUUUACACCGUCUGACCUAAAAUGACUCAUCAGGAUGAAGAGUUGAGUAAACAUGAACUCUAAUGCGGAUUCAAUGAAUGUAACAGUAUUUGCAGCUUCUGUUUCAGUUUUUAUUAAUUUUAUUUUCAUUCAUUAGAAUGACAGACAUGAAAUCUGUUCACACACAUCUUUAGUGAUACACGUAAUGUUUUCCAGGUAAAUUAAUCAAUUAAAAACAAAGCUGAAACUUAAACAUCUGAAUAAAAACCCAGAGGCUCCGCCCCCUCCCUCUCUGCUGAGCAUCAACUCUGCCUCCUAAGUCCCGACUGGAUCGACUGCACAUGUUAUUUUUAUGUGAAAUGCUUUUAGUAGCUCAUAUCUUUUUUUAUUUAUUUUAUUUUUAGUUCAGGCUGAAGUUUUUAUAAAAACACUGCAGCUGAUUUCAGGUGUAACUUUCUGACAAAUAUCUGUUGAAUCAACUGAAACUUGUCCAACUCAACCCAAACUGCAGAAAUAUUUAAACAGGACCUUUCUGAACCGAGUAAGUCUAAGUCUAUAAACGUUAUCAGCUCCAGUGACAGGCAGCCCUGACAGAGUCCAGCUCCCACCCUGAAGGGGUCCGACUUUCUGCCGGUAAUGUGAACAAAACUCACACACUGUUAGCAAAAAGACUCUGUUAUAGUUGCACUUCUGAAUGUUGCGCAGGGCUCCGCUGACAGGAUACAGACCUGAACGAGUGGUGUAGGUGUUCAUACUGGACACUUACGUUGGUGCAGCACUCUUCAAAAGGACGUGUGACAUACUGUUUAAAACGUGUGGAAAUUUGUAAAAAGGAGAACAAACUCUUGACACCAAGUUACAAAAAUUGGGAGGUGUGUGACCAGAUGCCAUGACACCACAUGGGGCCAGCACGCAGGGGCGGGGACUGUUGGCAUGCACAUCAACACACCGUGUUCAGUACAUCAACUAUAAACCAAGCUUAAGGACUGAAUGACUCGAAACAACGGACUCACAAUCCCAUACUCRCAGAGCACCCCCAACAGUGUACCUCAAGGAGCACGGUCAAAUGCCUUUUCCAAGGCCACGAAACACGUAGACUGGAUGGACCAACUCCCGUGACUCCUCGGGGACCCUUGUGAGGGUAAAAAACUGGUCCAGUGUUCCACAGCCAGGAUGAAACCUGYAUUGUUCCUCCUGAAUCUGAGGUUCAACCAUCGAUUGGACUCUCYUYUCCACAGUACCUCUGAAUAGACCUCAUCAGGGAGGCUAAGGAGAGUGAUGUCCCUAUAAUUGAAACAAACUCUCUGGUUCCCCUUUUUGAAGAGRGGAACCAUCACACCGGUCUACCAAUUCAGCAGAAAAGGUGUCGUCAGCAACAUCCAGAGCUUUGAAGAACUCAGGGCAGAUCCCUUCAGUGUUGCCAGACGAAUGAUAAAUUUUGUAUUUUGUCUGAGAAUUAAAAAAAAAMCCCGUAAUGUACAAUAACUUGACCUCUUCAAUGCAUGGCUGAAUUAACCCGACACAUGUCUGACAUGAAAGAGGUGGAGGGUACAACAUUGUCAUUAUAUUUAGGAAGUUUUUAGACCCCUCUAGUGACUGUUUUUCAGAAAAGAGACAAGCGAAAACCUAGCAACGAGCAUCGGACACAGAAAGUUAUAAGCUGUGGCAGGAGGUAUUUGUAGUAUUUGUAGUUUUGAGCCACUCUAGAUUGCACAUUGGAUAUGUACAAUAAAUUUCUACAAAAAUACGAUACUUUAAAGGCA